CGCUAAUUUCUUCUGUACCGUGGCCUUUUUGCAUCCGAAGAAAUCUCAUAAAUAGGGCUUAAAAUUUGUGAAUUUGCUUGAAAACGCAUCUUGUAUUAGCAGAAGUGUAUAGAUUUUGUGGAUUAGCUGCCAGAUUGCGGGAUGAUUAAUGUAACAGUAAAGACUUUGGAUUCCCAGAAUCAUCAGUUUUCGGUGGAUGAUGAGAUCACAGUGCGUCAGUUCAAGGAACACAUUGCCGAAAAGGUCAGCGUUGAGGCGGACUUACAGAGAAUCAUCUAUUGUGGGCGUUUGCUAAAGGAUGAGAAGCUCUUGAAGGAAUACGAUGUCAAUGGAAAGGUGGUGCAUCUUGUCCAGAGGGCUCCGCCCAGUUCACGUCCAGCAACUAGCACCACUGAGACGACUCCACAGAAUCGAUGGCGGGUGAGGAACCUAAAUCCGCGGAGUCCUUUGAUACGGGCCAUCGAUGGAAUGGUGCUAGGCGCGAUGGCAAUUCCCAUGAAUACCAACAAUGGGGUGAGUUUCCCUCGAAGCGACGCUUUCCACGCGGUACUGAUUGUCCCUUUGCAGACUCCACAGGCGGCUGCGCCUUCCUUGAAUCCGUCGUCAACGCUGUGCAUGAACAGGAUCACAGUGGCUCGACAUAUGCUUGAGUGUGCGAAUAACAUUGCGCGUUUCCUUGAGAAUCCUGAAAGGGGACUCAACAAUGCCGCAAUGGAGGAUUUGGCACAGCAAACGCUCGAGUCGACGGUGUUCGAAGUGGGAAUUUCGGCUGUUGGCGAGACGGAUAUUCCUCAGGUGCAGAUGCAGAAUCUGAUGCAGGCGUUUCAGGGUGCAGUUUCGGCUGCCCUGAGGCAGAAUGGUGUGCCGAAUAUUCGUGUGCUGCAGCAGCAAAUGGCCCAGGCAGAGCAGGCUGAGGGAGUCGAAGGGAUGCCGUCCGUGCAGAUUGUGGAGGGAAUACCAGUUGAGGAUGUGGCAUCGGUGCGAAUGGUGCCGGUGCCGAUGCCAAUGCCGUCGGCCAGCAAUGCCACGAAUUCCACGUCGCAGAGCAAUAAUAGUGAUGCCAGUCCUGAGGCGGGUGGAAGUGCUCAGGGAUCGCGCUCGAGGCAACAGACGACGCGCACACAAACCCUGGCGGCGGUGGUGCAGCAGAUGAGGGAGGUUCAGGUGCGUCUGGAGCCUUUUGUGCAGCAAUACCAUGACAUCCUCGAGCACGAUCCGACUUAUGAGACGGAGGAGGAGAGAAAUAACGCACAAAGAGUGUUUGAUCACGUCUCUGAGGCAUUUCACUACAUUUCACAUGCUCAGCACGCAAUUAGCGACUUGAUGCUGUGCCUCUCGUCAAAUACGCCGCGGCAUCUAUGCUGUAGACCCAUCUUGGUGGAGCAGAGUGCUUUCGUGAGCUCAGGAUUCACUGUUCCGACAAAUCUGGGCAAUGUAACACGACCGAAUGGUAAUAACAAUGAGACUGCUGCUGGAGCUAAUGCAGCUGCAGCUUCUGUUCCAGCCGACGGUGUUCCGCAUGGUGACAACAACAACGCCAAUCAGCAGCAAUCGGGUUCAGAAGCGACUCAGCAGCAAGCAAGUAGUGAUUCGACUGCGCGUCAGGGCAUUUCGCCUGAGCAAUCAGAUGAGAAUCGCGUACCCAGAGCAAUGAAUCAGGAAUUGCAAAUUGCUAGGAUCAUCCAGGCUGUCGUCAACACGGCGCCGAUGGAUGCUGAAGUGCAAGUUGAGAUCAAUCCGCCACAGAAUGCAUCGUCCAGCGGUCAACACAGCCCAGCGACAACGACUUCCACCACUUCAACUGCAACCGUAGCGCCAAAUGAAUUGACCAUCAAUGUGCAUUUGGGUGAUAUUGGAUUGCAACAUGUGCUGAAUAACAGACAGAAUCAAGCGCCACGUGUCACGACAGUCACUCUGCCCACAACAUCUACACAGACUCGUUCCACGGCUCGUCAGCAGAUGCACACGGCAAAUUUGCCGGCGGCACAGAUGCGAAAUUUCCGGUUGCCAAGCAUUUUCUCAGCAUUUGAUCGCUUCUUGCCAUGCAACAGUCAUCACAUUCGGGACUCCAACACGGGUCAGCCGAUUGGGGAGCAGCAGAGAGCCCGUGCGACAGCACAGCAGGGCGCUGCGAAUCAAGGCAGACCGCCAGCAGCUGGUGGAGAAGAUCCGGCCAAUGCUAAUCCUCCGCAAGCGCCACCGACAGUUCCGCUGUUUGGGAAUCCCUUUGAUGUCUUUCAAGUACUCCAAGUGGGUCCGCAGUUGAUCAAUGAGAUUCGUUCUCAUCUCCAGAGCUUCGUCAGGGAUCAGUUCUUCAGUGGCGGCGCGGCGACUGAAGAGAACACAGCUCAGGCUGUGGAUAUCUUCAUGGGUCACAUGGAUCAACUAUUGGCUGUAUUGCCACGAGUUGAGGAUUCAGAUUACGAUGCCAGAGCUUCUGUGGAGAAUCUGUUGCGUGCCACAAUUCCACGGGCAUUUGAUGUGAUCAUGUCGGAGAAUCCCUCAGAUUUUGGCAGGCGACUCUUGAGCAUGUUCCACAACUUCAGUCAGCGUCUGUGCAGAAUUCUUCUGCUGUGUCUUGGGCGGGAGAAUGCUGGACGAUAUUUGAGUCAAAUUACUAGGAUGUCUCUGGACAAUCAGGAGCCAACAAAUAAUAUCGGUGAGACGACAAUGCGACUCUUCCAUCGGCAAUUAAUGGAUGAAAUUGAGAGGAUUCUCGAUAGUGUGAGAAAUGUGAGUCAGGAGGAAAUUCAGACUUUCCUAGUAAUAAGAGCUCGUGCUCCGCCACCGCCGCCGCCGCCAACUGUGGAGAUUCCCGUGAUGUUGCCUGUUGAAGUGCCGCCGCCACAAGAGGAGCCCAUGGAGACGGAUGAGAUUGUGGCGGUGGAGGCGAAUCAGGGACGACAGAUGACGAUGAUGGGUGAUGAUGAGGAGGAAUUGACGCCGGUGGAGCAAAUUGAGUCUCAACCAUGGCACAGACAUUUGCCCAGAGAUUGGAUUUCCAUCAUCACGCGUGAUGUGCAGAGUCAGAGGCGACAGGGUGCUCAGCUUCCCUUCUCUGAUGCCUAUUUGGCGGGAAUGUCAUCGAAGAGGCGCAAGAUGAUUUCCUGCUCGAAGCCAACAACGGAUGUGCAGGAUGUUGUCAGUGAGGGUGUGAGGCAGGCAAUCAAGAGCACAGGACUUGGAAUGGCCAGUCAAACACCUGCUGAAGCUGUUGCAAUGGCCAUUGCCACAGAUCCAAAUGUCCAAUCGUCUUAUCAGGAUGAGAUGAAGACAAGAUUGCCACAAAUGAUCAUGGAACAUCCGGACAACAAGGCAGAUCGCUAUCCGAACAUUGCGAAAUAUUUCAAGAAGUCCACUUGAGGUGAAGAAAAGGGACAAAUGACACGAAUUGCUGAAUGAGUGCUUGAUUGAGGGUGUGUGUGUGUUUGAGGGUGGUUGAGCGAGUGCGAAAUGGCGAAUGACCCACAUUAAUCAGCAGUUAAUACAAGUUUGUUUAUUUGAAAAGCUUUCACUUCAUUACUAUAUCAUGACUUAUGUAUUUGUAUUAUGGUUAGAUUUCAGUGCGUUUUCUGGUCAUUUCCGUGGGUCUUUCCAUUAAAUCCUUACUGACCAAGUGCUUCUCAAUUGAUAUUACAUUGUUUUUUCUCUUUUUGGCAUUAUUAUGAGUGGAUUUCAGGUGAAUGGGUCACGAGAGAAGAAAAAAGAGUGCGAUAAAUUUAUAAGGAGGACGUGAAGAAAAAUGAGUAGGAAAAGUAAAAUAAUAAUAAUGAAAGAAUAUUUUAUGUGACAAGAAAAGUAAAAGUUUCUAGAGGGAAACAGCAAAAUUAUGUAAUUGAGGGCGAGAAGAUGGAUAAAAAUUUUAAAUAUAA